AUGCAUGCGCGCAUGGAGCAGAGUGCUCAGCUUCUGACGCCAACACUGUCAAGGCCCAAGCUCACCACCAACGCCGACGAGCUCCCCGAAGCUGUCGUCCUCGAGGAUGAGGGCGCCGCCAUGGCCGGCUUCGUGGGCCUCCUCCGCCAGCUCGGGGACCUCGCACAGCUUGCCGUGGAGGUGUUCGACGGCCUGCACCACCAGGCCACGGCGGUGUCCGCACGGGCGCGCGGCCUCACGCUGGGGGCGCGGCGGCUCGAGGCGGAGCUGACGCUCGUCGAGGAGGGGCUCCGCCGUCGUCGGAGUGCACGGCCCUGCUUCCUGCAGCAGCAGGACGUCGCCGUUGCCUGCAGCUAUUCAGCCUUCUCGCCAGCCAUUCGGUCAGAAGGCUUGUGUCGUGUCGCAGGCCACGGCGUGGAUCGGCGCCGCGCAAGUGCCAGGCCGGUGAAUCACGGCGUGAUUGUGGUGGGAGGAACGAAGCCUCGUUCCAUCGCGGAGCACAUCCGGCGAUGCCGCGGGCCUCCGCAGCUGUCCAUGCUUGACAAGUAUGAUGCCGGCGGCGAGGGGGCGUGCCUGAAGCGAUACACGGACCCGUCCUUCUUCAGAGCCCAGUCUGCCAAGCAUGAGCUUUUCUUGCAGGAAACCAAACCAAAGCUUCAGAGUUCACACAAAUGCUCCAAAUUCAAAACAGAUGCCUUGCUCGAUAUGCUCCGGCAACUGAAAUAUCGACACAUCAUCGGAAGAAUCAGGCGUCAAAUGCACAGCUCUCACAAUCAGGAUUCGCCAGAAGAUGAAGCAUCCGAAGCACACGUUUUGUCUCCAUCGGAUUCGCCUGAAACAUCAAAUACCAAAGUGCCAUGCCCUUCGGUACCAGUGAACAAGGAGAGGAGCAGUGAGCUCGUCCAGAGGACCAGUUCGUUCGGGGCAUGGCUCUCUCCGGAUGCAGCUUCUACUCAUGCGUCUGACAUCAUACAAGAAACCAAUGCUGAUGGAUUUGCCAGCCAUGGCGCAAACAAGGCCGAUGACAAUGCCAACAUUGCGACAAAUGCUCGUAGCGCCCUUAUCAACUUCAUCGCCUCAAGGGUCGAAAGCUCGCCGAGGAAGCUCUCUGUCAGGAAGCAUAGUGAUCCUUUAACGGAAUCCUUCCGGAACAUGGCUAAGAAGGUGCUGCUUGAGAAUGAAUCAGCACAUUCGUCACAACGAACUAGUGAAUUCUGA